AUGGCAGACUCAGAUACCCCGAUGGGGCAGUAUGCCGCCUACCCAGAAAUCAAUGAAGAGGUGCAAUAUCCAUGGCAAGGGAGCGAAUCCCAGGAAUUCGUCCCUGAGGAUGUCUUUGCAUCGGCAAUUGAUCCUCGACUGUUUGCAAAUGAUGAGAUUGGCAUGCAAUCUCAAGUUCGUAGCCAAGAUUACGAUACCGAUACUUCUGAAGAUGCCGAAGACAUAACCCCGGGGCUGUAUGGGUUGGACGACGAGGAAGACGACUCAGACUAUGUGGAAUUUGAAGAUCGAAGCGAGAGCGAUGUGGAACCGGAAGAUGAUGAUUCUGAUUCCGAUGCAAGACGUCGACGGCAACGUCGAGGUGGGGGACGUUUUUCAGGUCGUUGGGGAGCCCGCGGUGGGAAAGGUAUCAAAAGAGGCCCCCGUAAACCGCUGGAACCUGGUCCAGAAUUCAAGAUCUUGCACUCAGCAGCCACUGAAGCAUUUAUCGAUGGCGAUUACGAUCGAGCGAUGGAACAUGUGAUGCUUGCCAUUCAAUGCAACCCUGAAAUGUUCCCGGCCCAUUCCCUGCUGUCGGAGAUCUUCCUGGCCCAAGGUCAAAAGGAUAAAGCCUUAGCAGCUCUCUUCAACGGCGCUCACACUCGGCCCAAGGACCCCACAGUAUGGCUCAAGGUCGCACGGCUCAUUUUACAGCGUGCUGGUGAAGAUCGCAAAAGGGCAUUGAACGAUGUCAUUUAUUGCUACAGUCGUGUACUGGAUAUCGACCCCCAGAAUUUCAAUAUUCGGUACCAGAGAGCUGCCCUCUACCGUGAACUAAUGUACAACGGCAGGGCGGCUGCUGAAUAUGAGCGUAUUUUGCGAGAUCGGCCGCACAAUGCACGAGCCCUUCGACAUCUGGCAGAAAUCUACAUUGACCUCAAUGAAGUCCAGAAAGCCAUCGCCCAUUGGACAAAUAGCAUAGAAUUCUACCUGUCCAUUGAUCCGCAAGACACUCGUCUCAGUUGGUCCGAUGUCAACAUUUACGUCGAGCUUUUCAGCAUUACCGGCCAACCUGUCAAAGGACUCCAUGCGCUAAAGUCCGUUUCUAGAUGGCUAUUGGGCCGCGGAGAUGACACGCUCUGGGAUGAUUUUGCGGAUGAUGAUCGAGAAUGGGACUCGAGUGAUUCUCCUCGUCGUAUAAAAACCAACGGUUAUGACCCUAACCACUGGCCCCAGGGAUCAUAUGGACUGGGGCUGCCCAUCGAACUUCGCAUCAAAAUGGGGCUUUUUAGGCUUAAAAUGGGCUACGAACACCACCAAGAAGCUCUGCAUCAUUUUGAAUGGCUGAACCCGGAUGAUACUUCGGAAGGUGCCCGCAUCUUUGAUUUUGGUGAUCUCUUCCGCGAAGUCGCAGACGCCUUAAAGGAUAGUGGAUUGCCAGAGGAAGCCUAUCGUUUCUAUGAACCGAUCCAGGAGACCGCCGAGCAUGCAGACAUCGGCUAUUUCAUGGCCAUGGCUGAUUGCUGCAUGGAACUAGGAAAAUUAGAAGAGGCCGAAACAGGCUACCUUACUGUUGCCGAGCAUGAUCCGAAGCACAUGGGAUCGCGAGUUGCGCUUGGCAAGCUGUACGAAGGCCUUGGGAUGAGUGAUGAGGCACUUAAGUACAUCAACGAGGCUGUCGUGCUGGGGCGACAGGAAGGUAGAUCCCGGCGCAGACAAGACGCAAGGCUCGAGCAGCUGGCAGCUGAAUUCAGGCAAACUGAGCCGGCUACCAGUGCACCAAAGCCAGCCACGACAUUUACAGGACUGGCACCCUUGACUCCUGACGCGGAAACACAGCCCGGAGAGAAAGGUCAACGAAUAGAGGAUGUUCGAUUUUUGUACCAGAAAUUGCAGCAGCUGGAGCCUCAACUUAAAGAAGGUGAUCUCGAAGCCACCGAAGACUGGCUUGACAUUGCGGAUGCUCUCCUUCGUGAUUUCCGAUCAAAUACAAUCUUUUACCCUAUGACCCGGGGGAUGGAAUUCCAGGGAUACCAUAAGAGAGGCAAAGACAAGGGUAACCCUUUGCUGAACGAAGCUCAAGAGGUGGCUGGUCGUCUCCAGCAAAAUUUAGGCGAUGAUCAUCCCGAUGAGCCCUUGUCGGAUAAGAUACCUGACGAAUACUACGGUAUACCCUUUGACGAGUGGCUCGACCUAUUUCUUCAGUAUGCACUCAUCCUGACCGAAAAUGGAGAGUCUUAUGAAGCAUAUGAAGCACUCUAUUCCGCCUCCAUAGCCAGCAUCUGGUUUCACUCAAAGCCAAAAUCGCGUUUGAUUCAUGUCUGUUGGUUUACCUGUGCCCUUCGGGCAAACGAUGAGGAAGCCCUGGCACAUGAAGCCCGUUGGUUCAUCAAGGAAUACCAAUUUGUCACCGACACCUAUCGCCUUUUCUCCAUGCUAAGCCAUAUCACCACCGAUCCACGCAAACCACACUUCCACAAUUCUCCAAACAUGAAGUUCAUGCUCCGUCAGGUCAAGGCGAUGGACUUUACUCUUCCAGACGACCCGUCCAAACCUAAUGUUGACCGGCAAUCUAUCUGGAAAGAGCGUGCUUCUCUUACAACCAAGGACAAGUCCGGCGAGCGAAUCCGCGCAGAAUCGCUCGACAUUGCUCUACUUAUUCUCUACGGUCACAUCCUUUACUCAGGAGGCAGUUUCUACCCAGCCCUGAACUACUUUUUCCGCGCCUAUGCACUCGAUGAUCAGAACCCUGUUUGUCUUCUUUCUAUCGGGCUCUGCUUCAUCCACCACUCUUUCAAGCGACAAUCUGAGAACCGUCACUACUUAAUCAUGCAAGGGCUUUCAUUCCUCAACGCAUACCGCCGGGUGCGAAUGAAGCCUGGAACUCUGCUCCAAGAGCGACAAGAGAUGGAGUUUAAUUUUGCACGAGCAUAUCAUGGUCUUGGAUUAGGCCAUCUGGCCAUUGAGGGAUAUGAAAAUGUGCUCAAGCUUGGCGAAAAGAUCCAGGCAAAGACUAAAGAAGCAUCGGUUCCAAUGGACGGCACUGAUGUGGUAAUGGGCGAAGCAGAUCAACCCCUACAGGGACCAGCUGAGGUCUCUCAAAAGUUUGUGGAGGACUUUACACGGGAAGCUGCCUACGCCUUGCAAUGUCUUCACACGCUAGGUGGCAAUGCGCAGGCUGCAAAAGCUGUCACUGAUACAUGGCUUGUCAUUUAA